AUGCCAUCCACACCAAUCCCCCGACAAGCCACAAACCUCAUAAAGAAGCCCAAGCCUCCCAGCCAGGGCCUCCCCUCCCCUUUCAAGGUUACAAAACUCCCCACCCGCAAUCUCCCUGCUCCCAGUGAAAAAGCAUUAUCGCCCCGGUCAUUCUCCAACCUCCCCGUCCGACAGAGAAAUAACAGCCACCGCAAUUCAACUCAGCACGCUAGCCUGAAACCCCCCCCACCCCCCCGGGGACAGAAUGAUCCUCCUAAGCUCAAGUCCCAGGGAGAACCAACCAGCAAAGUUUCUGUGCCCCUGCUCGUACCGUUGCAAGCACUGCGCCGCGAUGCCAUCGCUCUAGCAGCGAUUCGCAACGAGGUUGGUCGUCCGCGACUGAUCUUUGUGGUUGUUGAUGGGCCGGAUACGCUGGAGGGAGCGCAGCAUUGGGCGGUGGACCCCGCUUAUCGGCAUAGGGGUAGGGCGAUGAUUGUUGAUUGGAAAUGCCCGAGGACCCACUGGACUGCUGGGGAGAGGUUGUUUGAUCCUGGGGUCUAUGAGGUGAUCGAGCGGGCGGUCGAGUAUACGAUUACUAGUGGCGGUAGAGGGUUUGAGAUUCGGCCGAUGAGGACGAGAGCUUUGGAGUCGGGCUGA